CCAGGUGUCUGUGCUCCAGGUGUCUGUGCCCCAGGUGUCUGUGCCCCAGGUGUCUGUGCUCCAGAUGUCUGUGCUCCAGGUGUCUGUGCUCCAGGUGUCUGUGCUCCAGGUGUCUGUGCCCCAGGUGUCUGUGCCCCAGGUGUCUGUGCCCCAGGUGUCUGUGCUCCAGAUGUCUGUGCUCCAGGUGUCUGUGCUCCAGGUGUCUGUGCCCCAGGUGUCUGUGCUCCUGGAUUUUGUGCUCCAGGUGUCUGUGUUCCAGGUGUUUGUCCUCCAGGUGCCUGUGCUCCAGGUGUCUGUGCUCCAGAUGUCUGUGCUCCAGAUGUUUGUGCUCCUGGUGUCUGUGCUCCAGGUGUCUGUGCCCCAGGUGUCUGUGCCCCAGAUGUCUGUGCUCCUGAUGUUUGUGCUCCAGAUGUCUGUGUUCCAGAUGUCUGUGCUCAAGAUGUUUGUGAUCCAGGUGUUUGUGCUCCUGGUGAACAGGCUCUCAGUUUCCUCCUUGAAAUAAGUGUUUAUAUUGUUGUUAUAUUGUUGACCCACUAUUGAUCAUGUGACUCAUCACAUGACCAAUGGUGAGCGUCUCUUUCCCUCUCAGGUUUAAAUAUCUGGGACUCUCCACCGUUUGGUGUAGAACUGAAGAAGCUUCUUGGAUGAAACGUCUUCCAGAAACUUAAAGACGUCUCUUUUCUCUCCAAGCUCCUUAGAUCACAUGACCUGGAUGACUGAACCUACAGACUUAUUGACCUGGUUUCUAGGUUACAUGAAAGACUGAAUGAAGAUGAUGAUGGAGGAAGAGGAGG